UCGAUCUUGGCUCCUGCUGUGCUGCAUUUGAGGGUCCUGGUAGUCAACAUGACAGGUUAUCAAAUGGGUCGGGUAUAUAAGAAGAACAGAGGGUUGAGUCUACAUGCACAAGUUUGGUUUUAGUUUUAACCUGUAUGAGAAUCUCUAUGUAAUAGUGCACGAUGGACAUGGACGGAUCCUUCUUGAUUUGUUUAUUGGUUGCUCUGAUAACUCUUUUGGUCACCCCUGGUACAAGCACCCCGCUUCACAAACGCCAAUUGCCCGUUCCGAGUUCCUAUGCUCCAAACUACACUGAAUGCCCUUCGGGUUCGAUUAUCCGAUCGGGCGUCAGCGUGAGCAAUGAAGAAAGGCAGUGGGUACAAAAGAGGGAUACGGUUAUGUCAGAGUUGUGGCGAGCAAGGAAUGUGAGUGGGGUAGUGCCCAGAGUCGGGAUUGCUAUUAGUGGUGGUGGGUACAGAGCUAUGUUAUAUGGUGCAUCCAUCAUCUCUGCCAUGUCCAGUACAACACCCAACAACACCUCUCCUGCAGCAGGAAUUUUCGAGCUAUCCACAUACCUGAGUGGGCUAUCCGGCGGAUCAUGGCUCGUGUCUUCACUCUACAGCACCUCUCCAUUCCCAACGCUCACUCCUCAAAAUCUUUCGCACAUCUGGUCACUCCAAGUCAAUCUCCUUCGUCCUACCAGUGGGCUCAUAGACACUACGGAGGUCUAUAGAGACAUUUCAAAAGACGUCGACGACAAGUACAAUGCCGGGUUUCCUGUAUCGAUUACAGAUGUAUGGGGACGACUGGUGGGCUUGCAUUUGAACCCCGGGGGUGAGCAAGAAGCUGCCGAGGCAGACAUCAAGGAUACGCCGCUGUGGUCGAGUGUGGUCAGCGCAAACGAGUUUGGCGCUGCUCAGAUACCAUAUCCAGUUAUUACCACAGUGCAGAGGAGUGAAGGCGAGGCCCAUGUCACCGUCAUGGCAAAUAUUUGGGAGUUCAACGUUUAUGAGACCGGCUCGUAUGAUGAUUCCAUAAAGUCUUUCAUUCAGACAAAAUAUCUUGGCACGUAUCUUUCAAAUGGUACUGCCCAGCAUCGCCCAGAAAACACUGAUACCAGGCGCAAUACCAGCAUCACCCGCCAACCCCCUUGCGUGACAAGCUUUGACCAAACUGGUUUCUUAGCCGGCACAUCCUCCUCUCUCUUCAACGUGGAAGUAGCGGGUCUUGGUUUCAUUAUCGAAACCUUGAGCGGCAUUCUUUCUUCCCGUGGUAUAGACACAGCAUUGAUUCCCAAUCCCUUUGCAUCACUCCCAACAGUAAAUGGAUCCAUCGCUACGCCCACCCAACUCGAACUGGUCGACGGAGGCGAGGGAGGACAAAACAUACCGUUAUGGCCCUUAGUCAUUCCCGAUCGUUCCGUGGAUCUCAUAUUUGCCGUGGAUUCGUCCAAUGAUGGAGCAGGUUAUCCCAACGGGACCAGUCUGAUUAUUACCAAGCAAUACGCCGGAUGGAAGGGCGUGGAUACGUGGUUCCCACCUGUACCGUCCACCCCAGAGGCUUUUAUUGCCCAGGGUUUACAUCGAAAGAUGACGGUUUUCGGUUGCGCUGGGUUAGCAAACAAUGGAGGUGGUGGUGGGAAUUAUACUGGCCCAAUGGUCAUUUACGUUCCAAACCGAGAGGUAACAUACGCAACCAACCACUCGACCUUUAAACUCGAGUACACCAUGGACGAAAUAACUGGCUACUUUACGAACGGCGCAGCUCUGAUGAGCGAUAACCCGUCCAACGCUACCGCACCUCCGUGGUCUACCUGUCUCCCCUGCAUCCUAUCCGCUCCACUUUACCGUAACGGCUCAGCAACGCCUUCCCAAGACUGCCAAACGUGCCUUAAGGCCCAUUGUUGGGACGGAAGUGAGACGGGUACACCCCCUGGUGCGGGGAUGGGCCCCCCAGCUACGAGGGGAUACACGGGCCAAGGGCCACCGCCGAGCAUUCCGUUUGUGACAGCUGACAAUGAGGGAACUGCAAAUGCGGGAACGCGUAGGAUGGCGGGUGGGAGGUGGUGGUCUGUGGGAUUUGUGGUAGGGGUUAUCGCGACCUUCCUUAUGUGAUCGGAUGUGCACCUCGGACACUGGAAUAUAAGU